AGAGGCACCAAUUAUACGCGCCUUUUGCCAAAUAUUUUUUGUCAAAACCCCUUUUUUUCCCUCAUAUUUUCUCUACUCCUCAGAACCUUGCCGCCUCUAGCCUCUCUCUCUUCCAAAUCUUCCUCCCUCUCAAAUUUUCCCCCUUCGCCUCUAUGUCUUCCAGUUCUCACUCUCUCCUCCGCUCUCUCAAAUGAGGUCCCGCCGCCCUCUCUUUAUAUGAGUCCACAAGUUCUUUUUUUCAUGACAAGAGUAUCACACUGGGAAGUCGUAUAGGAGUUAAUAGUAUUCUAGAGCUGUCCAGAAGAUCAAUCAGAGGAAGAAAAAGUGAACCUUCUAAAGAAAAUAAGUGAGUGGAAUAAAUAAAGUACUCUCGAUUUCUCUGUCGUCGCACCCUCACCUCACCCUCACUCUCGGUCUGCUCUCCGAUCUCUCAGACGCCGAAGUCCAGAAAUUGAAGGAGUAUCUCUUGGAAAUUCGGUCACUAGUAUAAGAUAAUUUUGUGGCAUCAAGAUGCCGAUCGAUAAGAGUUGGACGGCAUUAAGGAAGCGUAACUGUGAUGCUUAUUGGAACGGUCUCCAAGCCUUCUUGAGAAUGGCAAAAGAACACGUAGACUGCGACGGGAGAAUUUUAUGCCCUUGUGUGAGGUGCCUGAAUGUUAAACUACAAACUAUAGAUACAGUGGAGGCUCAUGUCUUUGACAAGGGUUUUCAACAGAGUUAUCAAAAGUGGGUUUACCACGGUGAGGUGGAAGCUAGUGUCGCCAAUGAGGUAGUUGAGGAGAAUGAAGAUGUAGACGAGAUGGUUGACGUCAUUGAUGAUUUCCUCUUACCGACAAAUGCAGAGGAAGCAGAUGGUGUGUCUGGCAGUCGAAUGAGACAGUAUUAUGACGAGUUGUUCGACGAGAUUGAAGCUGAGCUGUAUCCGGGUUAAGAUUGGAUAUCAUCCUUAAACUUUUUGGCGAAGUUGAUGCAUUUGAAAGUUAGAGGGAAGUGGCCAAAUAACUCUUUCGAUGAAUUGUUGAAGUUACUAAAAUUUGCAUUUCUGAAAGAUAAUAAAAUUCCCCCAACACACUAUGAGGCGAAAAAGAAGCUGAGUAAGUUAGGGUUGGGAUAUCAAUCAAUCCAUGUGUGUAAAUAUGAUUGUUCCUUAUUUUAUAAUGAGCAUGCAAGUAAAGAUUCAUGUCAUGUGUGUGGGAGAAGCCGAUGGGUCAAUGAAAAGAAGAAGGGGAAAAAGGUUCCACACAAGGUGAUGCGUUACUUUCCGUUGACUCCCAGAUUAAAGCGAAUGUACAGUUCAAGACAUACAGCUAAUGACAUGUUAUGGCAUCAUACUGGGAGAUCAAUAGAAGAUGGGGUGAUGUGUCAUCCGGUUGACGGGUCUGCAUGGAAAGACUUUGAUGCCACCCAUCCUGAUUUUGCAAAAGAUCCUAGAAAUGUUCGUCUAGGCUUGGCUGCUGAUGGGUUUAAUCCUUUUGGCAACAUGAGCUUAUCAUACAGCAUGUGGCCUGUGAUUUUGACGAACUACAAUCUCCCCCCUUGGCUAUGCAUGAAGGAAGAGUAUUUUAUGCUAACUCUGCUUAUUCCUGGGCCAAAAUCACCGGGUAAAGACAUGGAUGUAUUUCUAAGACCCUUGGUGGAUGAGUUAAGACAAUUGUGGAUUAACGGGGUCGACAUAAGAGAUGGCACAAGGAAUGAAUUGUUCAAGAUGCGUGCAGCCCUUCUGUGGACAAUUAACGAUUUCCCUGCUCGUAGUAGCUUGUCUGGUUGGAGCGGGCAAGGGUAUAAAGCAUGUCCAACGUGCAAUGAAGACACCACUUCCAUUCGAGUGAUUGGUAAGACAUCGUAUGUCGAUCAUAGGCGAUUCUUGAGGAGUGAUCAUAAGUAUAGAAGGGACAAAGAAUUUGAUGGCAAAGUUGAGAAAAGAAAUCCUCCACAACAGUUUACUUGUCAACAAGUUUUAGAUCAAGUCAAUGCUUUACCGCUUCAAGUGUCUGGUAAACAUGACAGAUUUGGGGGGGUGAAGCGCAAGCGAGGUGCAGGGGAAAGUAAUUGGAGGAAAAAAAGUAUUUUCUAUGAACUUGAUUACUGGAGUUCAAAUCAGUUAAAACACAACAUAGAUGUGAUGCAUGUUGAGAAGAAUGUGUGCGACAACAUUCUUGGGACUUUGUUAGAUAAUGAUAAAUCUAAGGACACCACUAAUGCAAGACAUGAUUUAAAGAAUAUGAGGGUUAGGAAAUUGUUGUGGAUUUACGAGGAUGCCAAUAAAAGGGUAAUGAAACCGCAUGCUCCAUACGUGUUCACUUUUGAACAGAGGCGAGAUUUCUGUCAAUUUUUGAAAGGAGUGAAGUUGCCCGAUGGUUUUUGUUCUAAUCUAAAGAAAAAAGUCACAGACAAUGACUCAAACAUUGUUGGGUUGAAGUCCCAUGAUUGUCAUGUGAUAAUGCAAUGAUUACUUGCAGUAGGUGUUCGCAAGUUUUUACCAGAAUCUAUAUCCACUACCAUCACUGAAUUGUGUAAUUUCUUCAAACAAUUGUGCUCUAGGACACUGAACGUUUCUGAUAUGGAGAAAGCUAAGGAUGACUUGAUUGUUAUUUUAUGCAAGAUGGAGUUGAUUUUCCCUCCAGCAUUCUUUGACAUAAUGAUCCAUCUGGUUUUGCACUUGCCUGAUGAAGCAAUAUUGGGAGGACCUGUAUUUAUGAGGUGGAUGUAUCCUUUUGAAAGAUACAUGAAAAAAUUAAAAAACUAUGUCAGGAAUAAAGCUCGUCCUGAAGGAUCUAUAGCAGAAGGAUAUGUUGCAGAUGAGGCUUUGACAUUUUGUUCAAUGUAUUUCAAAGGUGUGGAAACAAAAUUUAAUCAGCCUAAUCGUAACGAAGAUGCACCGUAUGUGAAUCGACACCUCACAGUGUUUGAAUCUCAAUGUCGUCCUCUUAGUAAGGGAAUUCCCGUGCCACUCGAUGAAAAUACUCGGAAUAAAGCUGAGUGGUUCAUAUUGGAUAAUUCUCCAGAAACUGAAGUGUAUUUAGAGUAAGUACAUAAUUAAUAUUCAUUUUAUUCUUUGUUCAAUCUACUCCUUAAUUAACAAUAUUGACAUUGUUAAUUAAUUAAUAGGGAACACCUAACUGAGGUGCAACAAAGAGAUAUGGCUGCCAAUCAUAAAUUGAUACAUAAGAAAGAGUUUCGUUCAUGGUUUCAUAAGAAGGUAACUUGUACUUAGCAAAUUGCAUACUACAAAUUACAUUCUCAUUCUAAUAUAUUUCUUUAUUAUUAGAUAUAUGACUUGCACCAGCUUGGGUCAUUAGAGCAUGCUGAUGAAUUACUAGCUUUAGCAUCUGGGUCAGAUCUAUUGGCUUACUCCUACCAAGCAUGUAUAGUGAACGGAGUUCGAUUUGUCUCAUACAAUCGAGAUCAGAAUCGAAUUACACAAAAUAGUGGAGUGUGUGUUGCUGGAACAGAAGGUUUUAACUAUUACGGGCAACUUGAAGAAAUACUCUAGCUGUCUUUUACUGGUUCUUAUUCGGUGGUAUUAUUUCGAUGUAAAUGGUUCAAUACAGAUCCGAAAAAAAGAAAACCAUCACUGUAAAUAAUAUUACUAGUAUCAAUGUUAGCGGUGAAUGGUAUAAAGAUGAACCGUUCAUACUAGCUAGUCAAGUAAAACAAGUAUUCUACAUCGAUGAUCUCGUUAGAGGACGAGAUUGGAAAGUUGUCCAAGAAGUGAAUCAUCGGCAAGUUUGGGACUUUCCAGAUGCUUCAGAUAUGAUUGCUGAUGUUGAUGUUGUACAUGACACCAACUCAUCGAAUUUUGUUUUGACUGUGGAUCUCGGAGAGUUGGUUGUUCAGCAAUCUGAUGUACCAGCGACUCAAGUCAACACGGCCCAUCGACCUUCUUUAGUUGUUCAAGAAGAUGAUGGAUUUAUUAAUGACAAUGAAGAUGAUAUGGCAGACAGUGUAGAAGAUGAGGAUGAAUUAAUUGUCGACCUUAGUGAUGAUAAUACUGAUGAUGUGUGGCCGAUAGAUGUUGAUGUAAUUAGUGAGGAUAGUCACUAUUCUACUUAGUUUUGUAUCUAGUGUUCAAUGUAUUAUACAUAUUGAGAAAUAAAAAGUUCGUUUCUAAAUACCAUGUUUCAAAUUACCUAUUCAAUUGAAAUAAUACUCAAUAAAUUAAUUAUAAAUAAUAAUUAAAUAUUAAAAUAGAUAGGUUAAAUUACUUUCGUGUUAGUAGAUGUCAGCAAAUGUGGCUAGAGCUCACGGUGGAGACGCUGGCGGUGAUCCUCCACCGGAUCCUACUAGGAUCCCGACUACAUGCGACUCAGGAAUCCCAACUAAGAGAAAGGGUCGUGGCGCAGCUAUUGGAAAAGAUCUAGAGGAGAGGCGGCGUAAAAAUGGAAAACCACUGGAAGUAACGUUUUGCCCACGAACGUACAAGGUUGUUGGGGGCGAGCACGCUGCUUUUGUCCGCCUUGUGGGAACCCAAAUUAAAACGAAAGUUCCCGGACAUUACGGUUCAUGGGAAUUAGUGCCUAAACAAUACAAGGAUUAGGUCCUUGGCAUAAUUCAGUAUUAUUAUCAAAUAGCGGGUCGCGAGGAUUCCUUAAAGUGUUUAGAUGGUAUCGAUCGAGAGAUGAAGGACCGAUACCGUAAUAGGAAAACACUAAGACAAGAACACUUUGAGAAAUACUACAAUGGACCGGAGGAUUGGGAUAAGGUUCUAAACAACCCAACCAAUGAUGUUAACAAGGAGGAGUGGAAGCAGAUCUGUCAGUUAUUUACAAGUCCACAAUUUAUUGCGCUCUCCAUAAAAAAUAAGGAAAAUCGGAAGAAACAAAAGUAUUCUACAACGCAGGGUACAAAAUCGCUGGCAGCCGUCCGUUUUGAAAAAACGAACCCGGACCUCAUUGAGUCAUGGAAGGAUUAUCAUUGGAAGAAAUCAACAAAUGAUUUCGUGAACGAUGAUGUUCGCCAAGAUUAUGAAAAACUGAAGGCUGAUUUUGAGUUACAAACUCAACAAACAUCCAUUGAUGCUUCUAAUAAUGAUAGUCCGACAUCAGUUGAUCAGGUGGAGGUGCUACAAAAAGUGUUAGGCCAAAGGCGUGGACAUGUGCGAGGAGUGGGCCGCAAAUUGAAGGGGUCGGGGUCGAGGUCGGGGUCGGGGUCAUCAUCUACCCAACACUCUCACUUCAGCGAGUCUCAGGUUCCUCCUCAUCAUUCAAGAGAAUAUAUAGAAAAAUUGGAGAAUAAUCUACAGAAAUUGACUGAUCAAGUUAAUUUCUUAACUCAAUAUUUUGUACCUUCAUUUCGUCCACCAAACGUUCAGAUGCCGCCUGUGCCUGAUAGUGAUCAUAUUUCUAGGGCUUCAUCUUCUCAACCUCGAGCUCCAACUCAUCCUUCUAUGUACGGGGCAGCGCCGUCUCAACAUAUGGUACCUCCAUAUAUGUACGGAGCAACACCUUAUCCGUGUCCGAUUCCACCGUCCUCCCAGCCAUCGUAUCCCUACAUGUAUGGAGCUGGAUCGUCCACAUUACCUCCCCAAUAUCCUUGGCCGAUGCCGCCACCGCAGCAAUCACAACCCCAGCCACCGCAACAACCACUACAAGAAGACAAUAGGGAGGAGGACGAGACAGCUGAUUUAGGAGACUAGGUUUAUUUUAUUACUAAUUAUUGUUAAAUUUUAUGAACAAUAUGAAUAUUUGCUAUGUUAAUGUAUUAUGAAUAUGUACAAUUGUUAUUUUAAUAAACUUAUUUAAAUAUUUAAUAUAAUAUUUUUAUUUUUAAUA